AUGAAUGAGAGAACCAUCGUUAAAAUGACUGUGGCAAUCCUGUUGGCAGUAUUGUUGAUGUACAUCAAUUGUGUGAUGAUUUUUUCCAUGACUAGCAGGGCCACGUUUAUGGAAACUUCACGCUACAUUUUAUUCACGCAUAUGCUGGUCAAUGACUCCAUGCAGAUGCUGGUCAGCUGCCUUCUGUAUGUGUUUGCUUUGGUUUACCUACGUUUGGUUAAGGUUGUCUGUGGUCUGUUUGUCAUGUUUAGCUGUGGCAUGUCUCGUGUUACACCACUUAAUCUGGCUGUGAUGUCUCUAGAACGGUAUGCUGCCAUCUGCCUGCCUCUCCGACACAGCGAAAUAGCCACACCUAAAAGAACUGGCAUUGCCAUUGCUGUCAUCUGGUUCAUCACAUUUAUAAAUCCUAUAAUUGAUAUGCUUUAUUCUACAGAAAAGGAUGCUGGCUUUUUUGUUACUCCAAUAUUUUGCACACAGCAGAAGUUAUUCAUUGCGUUGUGGCAGAUGAAGAUGUUUGAAGGGAUCAAUGCUUUUUGGUUUGUAGCAGUGUCUCUCAUCAUCAUUUACACAUACAUCGCAAUAAGUGUAGCAGCCUUGUCUGCUUCUUCUGACAGAAUUAAAGCAAGUAAGGCUCACAGGACAGUACUGCUUCACAUGGUUCAGUUGGGUCUUUGUCUCUGCUCUCUCCUCUAUGCACCCAUAGAAAAUGCACUGGCCAGUGCUGGCAGUACUGCUCUUUUUGUUAACUUGAGGUACAUGAACUUUCUCUUCCUCAUCAUCAUCCAAAAAUGUCUGACACCCCUCAUCUACGGGCUGAGAGAUGACGCUAUACGACCCCUGUUCUUACAACACUUACCUUGCAACACUAGAAAGAUCAAACAUGCUGUGAUGGUAAAAUAA